AUGAUUUCUAACCUUCCCGCCGAGCUGAUAUUUGGCUUGGCUGAAUGUUUAGUAUCGGAAAGAGACAUUAACUCUCUCUGUCGAACAAGUCGUCGACUAUACCUUCUCCUGGAUCAUUAUCUCUAUAAGCAUGCAGAUGCCGCGUUGAUUUGGGCCUCAGAGCACGGCAGUCAACCUGCAGCCCGCAAAGCACUUAGAAGAGGGGCCCGAAUAAACGCCCAGGUUCCCACUACCAAGCAGUGCUUACUCCCGCCCCGUGGGCCAGGGCAACAUAGCAGGUUGUAUGGCAAGACCGGACACACGCCCCUUGCCCUGGCAAUAGCCGCGGGACAACAGGAGAUGGUGAACUUCUUACUCGAUGUGGAGGGUAUUGAUAUAAACGCAUGCAAUAAUCCAGAUCACCUCACACCUUUAACGCUAGCGAUUCUCAUAGGAGAGGAAGGUAUGGCGCAUAGACUGCUUACAGCCCAUGGAAUUAACCCAGACGUGGAAGAUGACAACGCCUGGGGCAACUCUUUAAUGGUAGCCUCCUGCCUUGGUCGAACCAACAUGGUCAAGAUGAUCCUAGAACACGGUUCGAUAGAUCUUGAUAAAGGCACCGAAGUCGCACAUUGUCCGGUUUGGCUUGCAGUUAACUGCGGUCAUCUUGAGGUUUUGAAGCUGCUUCUUGCCGCUGGAGCCAAUCCUCACCCUCCUGGGCCUGAUAUUCUCCUCGAAGCAGUGAGCAAGGACCCCGCUAUCGUGAAAGAAAUACUGAAUUGUGCAAUGUUCGAUGCAUCAAAGCUGAAACACCCCAUGGAAAGGCUCCAGUGUACAGCGCUUCGGGAGGGGCGCAUCGACACUUUUAAGCUUCUGUUCGAGGUUGGCUGUCGCGACAUCAACUGGCACAGUGGAGACGGCCAUACCUCACUAUUUUGGGCUGCAACCGGAGGCCAUGAAGAUGUAGUGAAGCUGCUACUGUCGAUUGAGGAUAUUAAUGUCAACAUUAGGUGCCAUGAUAGCUUGACGCCGGCACAGGUUCGGAUUCUAGCUGAAAAUGGAUUUCCUGGUUACGGAGACGGGGCAACGCCGCUCAUCAUGGCAGCUCGGCAAGGACACGCUGGGGUGGUGAAGUUGCUCCUUGGAAUUGAGGGUAUUGAUAUCCGAUGUCAAGAUUCUAUCUUCCAUGAGACGGCAUUAUUGGCGGCUAGAUCGAAGGGACACGAGGAGGUUGUUGAAUUACUGAAGAAUGCCGAGGCAAAAGCUUUGCCGUCAUAUGAAAACAGUCCCACUGUCUGUUUGGGAUGA